GAUGUUUUUCCAUUUCUUUAUUGUUUUAUUUACUUACAUUGUCCGCUCGGAGUGUUCAUCCUCCGGGCCUGUGGGGGCGCUGUGGGACGCUCGAACCGGUCAAUAAAGCACGAUUAGGAGUCAAAAAGAAGUACAGUUUUCCCCCCAGUGCACGAGACGCGGAUAAGUCCGAGAAACAGGAACUCGGCUCUGGAGUUGGAUAAUUACAUGCGCGCGCCCUGCUGCAGAGGAAUAACCCGGAAACUGGUAAAGCUCGAUUAUCGUUGCUGCUGCGUGACUGAUCGCUCCCAGCGGGAUCAUGCUGCUGGCUACAGUAAACCAGGGAGGAGCGGAUUUCCCACACGAGAGAGGUGAUGUUCAGAACUUCACCCUGUGCCUCAGUGACAUUUCAGAUGAUCAGUACAUGGACAGCUUGGAGGCUGUGACUCUGGCAGAUGGCUCCACUGCAUAUAUUCAGUCUAAUACUCAAGCCCAAGAUGGGAGUUUACACGAGGGGCAGGUUGUCCAACUGGAUGAUGGCACUACUGCUUACAUUCAGCAUAUCUCUGUACAAAAUGGAGAUGAGUCCAUUGGAUGGUCAGGUGCUGUUCCGAGUGACCUUGUGGAAGCUGAGAGUCUGAGUCUGGAGGAUGUACAGGCCGUGCAGCUGGAAGAUGGAAGCACUGCUUACUUGCAUCACUUACCGAAAGAGGUGUAUGAUUCCCCUGCGCUCCAGGCCGUGCAGCUCGAGGACGGCUCCACCGCCUUCAUUCAGCAUGCGUUACAGAUGUCGCAGCCAGAUACGUUUCUGGCCAUCCAGGAAAGUGACCCAGUGUCUGGUUUGCGUCUUGAGGGAAUUGCAGACCCUGGGACUGUCACUGUGCUGGAACAGUACGCUGCUAAGUCUUUACAGGUAGAAGAAAUGAAACCUUAUACUCACACUGACUUGCUCACAAAUGAGAAUGUAGUGCAGAUUGUUUUUCCGAGUCAGGAUGACCAUUACAGUGUACCUGAAGAGAAACCUGAAGAGAAACCAUUUCAGUGCAGCUAUAAAGGAUGUGGCAAACUUUACACCACAGCCUAUCACCUCAAGGUACAUGGAAGAGUACACACAGGUGACAAGCCUUACUGUUGUGACAAACCCGGGUGUGAAAAAAAGUUUGCAACAGGUCACGGCUUGAAAAGCCACAUGAGGACACACACUGGUGAAAAACCCUACUGCUGCACAGAAGUGAACUGCAAAAAAUCUUUCAAGAAUUCAGGAGACCUUCAAAAGCACCUCCGAAUCCACACAGGAGAAAAGCCCUUUCUUUGUCCGUACGAAGGCUGCGGUCGGUCUUUUAGGACGUCCAACAUUUGCAAGGUGCACAUGCGCACGCACACAGGCGAGAAACCGUAUCACUGCUCCGAGCCAGGCUGCAACCGGGCCUUCGCCAGUGCAACUAAUUACAAAAACCACAGCAGGAUCCACACUGGCGAAAGGCCGUAUGUUUGCACCAUUCCUGGCUGUGAGAAGCGCUUCACCGAGUACUCAAGUCUGUACAAGCAUCAAGUGGUUCACACGCCCUGUAAACCGUAUGAGUGCAGCCACUGUGGGAAGACCUACAAGCAGAUCUCCACACUGGCUCUGCACAAGCGCACGGCACACAACGACUCCGAGCCCAUCGAAGAAGAGCGCGAGGACUACGAGCCUCCUACAGAAGCCAUCGACGAUCCCUGUAUGAACAGGACUUUGACAGAAAGUGUCGCAGGCUGCUCGGAUAUGACCUCGGACCUCUCGGCGCAGGAACAGGUCCCCGUCGUCACACCACUUGACGCUCAUCAGGUGGCUGAUAAUACGAUCACCAUGGUAACGCAAGAUGGCAAUAUACUCACCCUGCCAGCCAGUGAGUCUGUCCUGUCAUCUGCUAACAUCACCAUGGUAACUGCUGACAGCAUAGAGGAACAGAUGACGGUUAUAUCACCAGCAUCUUUACAGAGCACACAGGAAGCAGGGCUUCCACACCCAGUUACCCUUCUGACCACUUCUAAUGGAAAACAAGUUGCUGUUGAGGUCAUAGAUUAUAGAAUGCUUAAGGAGGAGAACCACUACAGUUCAGUGAUCAGAUGACACUGGAGGAAGCUCUGAGGAUCGCAUCAACUCCACCGCAGGAGGCCACGGCACAGCUGGAACAUGGACUCUGAUUAACAUGCGACGUUUUGUGUGCUUAUUUUGCUCAAAUGUUAAUCCCUGGGUCUUCCUGUGUAUAAAAGAUGAGAGGCUGCGUGCUUUAAAAUAAAGAACUUUAAAAACA